AUGGCUAAUGGUUACUACUAUCAGAAUAGUCCUUACUACUACAACUCCUCUCACUCCCAGUCUCCUCCCUUGCCGCUCCACCUGUGCCUCUUCCUCCUCACGCUCUUCAUGUUCAUAGGCCUCUCGUGGUACAUGGCCUACGAGUCGGUGUUCGAGAGCUUGUUCGACCAGCUCAAGUUCCUGCUCAUGAUGUCGCCGCUGGUGCUGCUGCUGGUCGUCCACUGGCUGUCGAGCGAUGAGCGGCUAAGGGUGCCCUUCUUUAUUCCCUUGCCGGAGAGGGACUCCUUCCACCGGGCCGGCGGUUCCCCUUGGGGCGUCGCGCUUGUCUUGGUGCUCCUCAUGUUCAUGAUCUCCUACCAGUCCUACUUCCACGACUGCUGGUUCCCGCUACUAAGCCGUUGA